GGUCCACUGGGGCGUGGCUUACGGAGCGCUCUCUGAAGUAAACGCUCCUAUCGUAUUUCAACCGAUCGAGUUCUCACCACACAACCUUUCCCCGUCAUCAAUUUCAGCACCGUAUAGUAAUAGUAACCCAGCCAACCUAUAGACAAAAAAAAUAUUCACCAUCCCAAGCGCCCCUCCUUGGCUGUUGGUGGGUUAGCUAAAGAGAAGAUAGCUAGCAUUUAUGUAUGUUUUUGCUUGUUGUUUAUGUAGCUACGGGUGUUUAGUUACUUCAAUCGUAUCCCUUGUAGGUCCAAAAUGCCUAACAUAAAGAUAUUCAGCGGCAGCUCUCAUCCGGACCUUGGCCAGAAAAUUGCCGACCGCCUGGGACUUGAACUGGGGAAGGUUGUGACUAAAAAAUUCAGCAAUCAGGAGACAUGCGUGGAGAUUGGGGAGAGUGUCAGAGGAGAGGAUGUCUACAUUGUCCAGAGUGGUUGUGGUGAGAUUAACGAUAACUUAAUGGAGCUCCUCAUCAUGAUCAAUGCCUGUAAGAUUGCCUCUGCCUCACGAGUCACGGCUGUCAUCCCCUGUUUCCCAUAUGCAAGACAAGACAAGAAGGACAAGGUGGGGAGUCGGGCACCCAUCUCUGCAAAGCUGGUGGCCAACAUGUUGUCAGUGUCAGGAGCCAAUCACAUUAUCACCAUGGACCUGCAUGCCUCGCAGAUACAGGGGUUCUUUGAUAUCCCUGUGGACAAUCUAUACGCUGAGCCAGCUGUGCUGAAAUGGAUCAAAGAGAACAUCAAUGAGUGGAAGAAUUGCACCAUUGUGUCUCCUGAUGCCGGGGGAGCAAAAAGGGUCACCUCUAUAGCAGACAGGCUGAAUGUGGACUUCGCGCUCAUCCACAAAGAGAGAAAGAAGGCUAACGAGGUGGACCGCAUGGUCCUGGUGGGGGACGUGAAGGACAGAGUGGCCAUCUUGGUUGAUGACAUGGCAGACACCUGCGGCACCAUCUGCCAUGCUGCAGAUAAGCUCGUCUCUGCUGGAGCUACAAAGGUCUACGCUAUCCUGACCCAUGGGAUCUUUUCAGGCCCUGCCAUCACCCGCAUUAACAAUGCCUGUUUUGAGGCUGUGGUUGUCACGAAUACCAUCCCUCAGGAGGACAAGAUGAAACACUGUUCAAAAAUACAGGUUAUUGACAUCUCCAUGAUCUUGGCAGAGGCUAUUCGUCGGACACACAACGGGGAGUCUGUGUCGUAUCUCUUCAGCCAUGUUCCCUUGUAACAACCCCACCCUUUUCCCCCGGUGAACCUGUACCAAAGGAGGGAUGUCUGGAGCACCACCAUCACAGCCCAUUCAUUCAUUCCCCGUGUCAAGAGAAGGGAUGGAAGUAGUUAGUAAAUACUCCUACUGUGGGGUAGGCUACUUUUUCCAAUAUUCUGUUAUUGCACUGGCUAUCUACAGUUUUGACCUUUUGACUUGUCAAAUGCAGAUUUGAGUUACUUGGUGUAAUAAUAUGCCAGGUUGUUGUUUCAUAUAAGCAUUGUCUAUUGAAAGUUGUAGUUUACAUUGCUGCUGACACCCCAUUUGAGAGAAGCGCUCCAAGAUGGCUUGUUCUGUUUUAUGAGCUUGUUUUUUUUUGUCACUGAUAUUUUUUUAUAUUGGGGGGGACUUGGGCCUCCUUGAAAAGUGAAGCUACCCAUUUGCAUUUCCUAGACAGUAUUUUUAGUUUUACGACAAAGCUGCUUUUGGCACAGUUGUUCAAGAAUAAAGCAUUGUGUAUUGUUUA